CGAGACAGAAGAAUCAUGAGGGAUGAGGUGAAGAUGGAUGCGAAUCGACUGAUUGCCGAGGUUUACAAGCGGCCGGCGCUCUGGAACCAAAGACAUAUCUCCUAUCACAAUCGCGAGGUGACCAACCGCGUCUGGAUGGAGAUAGCGGCGAUAUUCAAUCUACCUAAGCCGAUGCUGAAGGCGAAGUGGAAAGGUUUGCGUGACACAUUCCGUGCCGAGUUAAAGAAGGACCAGGUAUACCGCAAAAGCAAAUUCCACCGAAAUCGGCCGGUAUGGAUCCAUUUCAAGAGCCUCCAAUUCCUCAAGGAGCAGAUGUUGCCACGACCACCGAUAUGGGAGCGCAGUGUCGCGAAGACGGAAGACGAACUGCAGCCGAGCGAGGGCGAAGGUGAAAAUGGCAUUCCGACUUCCGGUAUUGACGGCGGUCUCGACGAUCGGGAUGCGAUCGCCGAUCAUCUGCUAUCGAUGGCCAGCGAUAGUAACGUCGGUCAUCAUCACCACCACCAUCAUCAUCAUCACCACCAGCUCAAGCUGGAUAACGGUGACGGUCGGCGCGGCACGGUAGAUGUGAAACGCGAGCCCGAGGAAAACUUUGACAACUUGGAGUUUCAGAGCGUUACCGAUAAUCUGGCAGAGAACGAGAUGAUGCUGCAGAAUAUCUCGCCCGAACAGGUCUUAAUGAGCGAUAGUGAUACCGGCGUCGGCCUUGCCGGUGUCGAUCCACUCGAGGGCAAUCGCUUUGAUGACAAUUACUAUUUCCUGAUGAGCCUAUUACCGCAUAUCAGGACUCUACCGGCCGACCGCAGGAUGCUGCUUAGGAUGCAGAUGCAGGAACUCGUUUAUAAGGAAGUUUACAAGAAGACCACUGAUAGCGAACAAACAGCAAAGACUUAACUGUCAGCAUUAAUUUUCGAAUCUCCUGUUUUCUCGCUGCAACCAUAUUACGUCGCGAUAACAAACACAAGAAAUCACGUGAAUUUUCUGUUUAUGCUAUACAUCGAAAUAAGUUAGUUUUUUUUCUCAUAUGCCAUUAUUUACGUUCAGAAUGGUUGCACGAAAAAACAGUAGUUUCGUAUUACUUUUUGAAUUUGAGAAAUAAAAAAAAAUCUUCAUUUACAUGUAUAU